AAACAAGAACUAGGCGUAGUUAGUUGGAGUUUGGAUUUGAUUUCAAUUCCAAUUACAAUCUGAUCAAACGUCAUCUCUCUGUGUGUAGCACUUAGAUUUUAGAUCGUGUUUGUGUGUGGUGGAAGAGAUGAUAGCAAUUCCCUAUCUCACAGCCUUAACAACUUACUUCAGCUACGGUUUGCUCUUCGCCUUCGGUCAAUUCAGAGAUUUCUUCCGCAAAUUCAUCGAUUGGUGCAGUUCCAACAAUCUUCAGGGUUACGCUCCGAUCUGCUUAGGCCUCGAAGACUUUUAUAUCCGUCGAUUAUAUCUCCGUAUUCAGGACUGCUUUGGAAGACCGAUAUCAAGUGCUCCUGACGCUUGGUUUGAUGUAGUGGAACGCUACUCGAAUGAUAAUAAUAAGACUCUAAAACGGACCAAUAAGAUAAGUAGAUGUCUCAAUUUGGGGUCUUACAACUAUCUUGGAUUUGCUGCGGCGGAUGAAUACUGUACGCCUCGAGUUGUUGAGACGUUGAACAAGUAUUCGCCGAGCACGUGCAGCAGCCGGGUGGAUGGGGGCACUACUGCACUUCACAAUGAGUUGGAGGAACAAGUUGCAAGCUUUGUUCGAAAGCCAGCUGCUAUUGUUUUUGGUAUGGGUUAUGUGACUAACUCUGCUAUUCUUCCAGUCCUGAUGAGGAAGGGAAGCCUUAUCAUCAGUGAUUCAUUGAACCACAACUCAAUUGUUAACGGUGCACGAGGAUCUGGAGCAACUAUUCGCGUUUUUCAACAUAAUACACCACCACAUCUUGAAGAAGUUUUAAGAGAACAAAUUGCAGAGGGACAGCCAAGGACCCAUAGGCCAUGGAAGAAAAUAAUUGUUAUUGUAGAAGGGAUAUACAGUAUGGAAGGGGAGCUUUGCAAACUUCCAGAGAUCAUAGCUAUAUGCAAAAAAUACAAGGCAUAUACAUAUUUGGAUGAAGCACACAGCAUUGGAGCAGUGGGAAAAACAGGAAGAGGUGUUUGUGAGCUCUUAGGUGUGGAUACUGCUGAUAUUGACAUCAUGAUGGGGACAUUCACCAAAUCAUUUGGAUCAUGUGGGGGUUACAUUGCAGGAUCUAAGGAGCUUAUCAAAUACCUGAAGUUCACUUGUCCUGCUCAUCUUUAUGCAACUUCAAUUUCACCACCGGCUGCACAGCAAAUAAUAUCAUCCAUAAAAGUUAUUCUGGGAGCGGAUGGUUCCAAUAGAGGUGCCAAGAAACUUGCACAAAUUCGAGAAAACAGCAAUUUUUUCAGGUUGGAACUGCAGAAGAUGGGAUUCGAGGUUCUUGGGGAUAAUGAUUCUCCUGUAAUGCCAAUCAUGCUUUACAACCCAGCCAAAAUCCCUGCCUUCUCAAGGGAGUGUCUCAAGCAAAAUAUUGCUGUCGUGACGGUGGCAUUUCCAGCGACACCACUAUUACUUGCCAGAGCCCGUAUAUGCAUAUCUGCUUCUCAUUCAAGGGAAGACCUUAUCAAAGCCUUGGAGGUUAUCAGCAGAGUUGGUGAUCUCGUUGGUAUAAAAUACUUCCCUGCUGAAUCAUUGCAGCAGCAGGAAGAGGGAAAGACACUGAAGUUUGACUAAGAGAAGUUCUUGUCAAAAAGCAUAAAGAAGAGCAAAAAUUGAUGAUGAUAAUGGAUUUAUAAGAAGCAUUUUUGUUUCAAUUGUGGGUGGUAGGCUUCAGACUAACUGCCAUGUGCAUGUCUAGUAAUCUUGUCGCUGUUUUUGUAAGUGUUAACUAUACUUGGAGCUGCAGAUAUAAUUAUUUUUUGUCCAGAAACAGGUGAAUAUUUUGUCUCCUGUUAGAGGGAAGUCUAUAUAAUCUUAUAUUUAUCUGGUCGUAUGAUCAUCUGUAUAGAUACGCCUGUAAUUUUUUAGUAAUUCAUUGAAACCAAAUCUUGGAAUUUUUAAUAAAAUUGUAAAAUUGAAGU